AUGCCUCAUGUUGAUAGAAUACCGCCUGGUCCGGAUACUCUUCGAAUCUUGAUUACUACAGACAACCAUGUCGGGUACAAUGAAAACGACCCCAUUCGGAGUGAUGAUUCAUGGUUAACCUUCCAAGAGAUAACAUACUUGGCCAAGAGUCAAGAUGUGGACAUGAUCUUGCAAGGAGGUGAUCUCUUCCAUGUUAACAAACCUUCCAAGAAGUCCAUGUACCAUGUUAUGAGGUCAUUGCGACUCAAUUGUAUGGGUAACAGGCCGUGUGAGUUGGAACUUUUGAGUGAUCCAGCCCAGGCUGGCGGGUUGGGCGAUGGAGGAUUCGAUACUGUGAAUUAUGAAGAUCCCAAUUUAAACGUGAGUGUACCUGUGUUUGCCAUUAGUGGGAAUCAUGACGAUGCCACAGGUGAAGGUUUACUUCUGCCCAUGGAUUUACUUUCCGUUGCUGGGUUGGUGAAUCAUUUUGGGAAAGUACCCAAUAAUGAUAAUAUUACUAUAUCACCCAUGCUUUUCCAAAAGGGGAGUACAAAACUCUCAUUGUAUGGGUUGGCCAAUGUAAGAGAUGAGCGAUUGUUUAAAACAUUCCGUGACGGUAAAGUCAAGUUUCUCAGAGCAAACGUUGCCAAGGACGAUUGGUUUAACUUGAUGGUUGUUCAUCAAAACCAUGCUGCACACACAGAUACUUCAUAUCUUCCGGAACUGUUUUUGCCCGAUUUCCUAGACUUGGUGGUAUGGGGUCAUGAACAUGAAUGUAUACCAUACCCGGUACAUAAUCUGGAACGAGGGUUCGAAACUUUGCAACCCGGUUCGUCGGUGGCAACUUCUUUGUGCGAGGGAGAAGCGAAGGAAAAAUGUGUGUUUGUAUUGAAUGUUAAAGGUGGAGAUUACUCUUUGGAGACUAUUCCUUUGAAAACAGUUCGACCAUUUGUCAUGGAGGAAGUCUCAUUGAAAGCAGAAGGGAUUCUUCCAGGGCCUGCUCUGAAGGAAGACAUCAUAUCUUUCUUGACAGAGAGGAUUGAAGAGUUGAUAGAGAGGGCAAAUAAAAUGUGGAUAGAAAGUAAUCGAGAAGAAGAUGAUGAAGAUGACGAAGACGAUGAAGAGGAAGAUGUCGAAGAAGAUAAGAUUAAAUCCAAGGCACCAUUACCAUUGAUCAGAUUGAGAGUCGAAUAUUCGGGAGGAUACGAAGUUGGGAAUCCUCAAAGGUUUUCGAAUAGAUUUGUUGGAAAGGUAGCAAAUACCAACGACGUUGUUCAAUUUUAUAAGAAAAGAAGUGGUGGUACAACUUCAUCAACCGGAAAGGGAGCCACUGUGAAAUAUGACGAAAAACUUUCUGAAGAACUAGAAACUAUAUCUGCUGAAGUCAAGGUUCAACAAUUGAUGAAUGAGUUUCUCCAGCAGACAGAACUUUCUUUGUUACCAGAGGAUGGGUUAAAUAAUGCAGUGGCGACAUUCCUUAACCAGGAGGAUAAGACAAUAUUGAAGAAAUAUAUUGACAAGGAAAUGGCCCUGGAAACUCAAUUGUUAUUGGAUGUAAAUAUCGAUUAUGAAGAUUUGGAGAAUGGAGGUGGGAACAUUGUGAAGAAUGUUUUGAAAGAAAUUAAAAGAGAGGGCCAACGGAAAGGAAUAAAAGAUUCAGCAUCGGUUCUGUGGGAUAGGCGAGGAGUAGUUCCACCAAAGAAACCAAGAUCAAAGACUAUCUCUCCUAUUGUUAGUCUGGAAGAAGACGACGACGAAAACGACGAAAGCGAGAUAGAAAUACUUUCUGAUGAACCAGAAGUUAAACCAAAACCAGUAUCUCGAUCUAAGCGUCCGUCCGCGAGAACAGUUUCCAAAACAACCAGUGGUCCAGCUGAGAGGGUUAGAGCGGCCGCACCUAAAGCAAAACCACAAACGACAGCCAGAAAACCAAGGGCCCCAGCUAAACCUAAGGCACCACCAAAGGGAGGUGCCAGAAGUAUUCUUGAUGAUUUAAUGGAUAUUUAA